ACACGAACCACCUUCGUUGCUUUGCAAGUUGUGUGAUUAUGCUGCAACACUACCUGUGCUAUUGUAAGCCCACAUUGAGAGUGCUCACGAGAAGAUAAGAUAUCCCUGUAAUUUAUGUGAUCAUGCAUCGACAUCCCAAGGAAAUCUUAGGCAGCAUAAGAAACGUAUCCAUAAAUUGAAACCUGAAGAUGCAUUUGAUUAAAUGUUCCAAAAAUUAUGUUUUCUGAAAAUUAAAUUUAAUACUUUUUUGUUUUGUUUUUGUUUGGUUCUGACAUUUAUAUGUUCUGAACAAAUUUUAAUUUUUAUGUUUACAGAUUAAAAUGGAGCUUCCGUUUGAGGUUCUGGACCAGGCACAGCUUGAUAUUCAGAGAGCUAAAUUAAGCAAAAAUAUUCAGGACUUGAAUUCCAAAUCUGAAGACAAUGAAGUUCUUAAGAAUAUAAUGGUUGAUCUUCUUAAACUCCAGUUUAGUUUGGAGGACAACUUACUCCUCAUGAAACAGUUAAACUGUUUUCCAACUGAAAAUGAAAAGAAGGAUGUAAUUGUUAAUGCUGGGCGCCUCCAAAUUGCUCUGAUCAGUUCAGUAAAUCAGCUGGGAUUUCAAUGGAUGAGGCGGUGUCCUCUUUUCACAAAUUUAGAAACAGGAGAGCAAACCAGUUCAAUAUCUGAUAUUACGCCCCCUGUACUUGAUCAAACUCUUUCCUGUCUGGAAAUUAAAAUCGAUGUCGAUGAAAUAGAUAAUCUAAUGGAAGCUGGGGAAGAAAAUUUCCCGGAAAAACUCUGUCUUCUUGAUUCAAAAACUCGUUUCACAGAAACCGCGGUUCUUCCUGAAUUCAAGGAUGUGAAUGAGUUUAAUCCUGGUACUUUAGUAAAUCCUUCCAACUUAAUUGUGAAAGAGGAGGAAAUGGAUACAAAAGGUUGUGGGAAUCCCUGUGAAAGUUGUGAAUAUGUUGCACGAAGUGAACAAGCUCUUCGUCGUCAUCAAAUCAAAAAACAUAAGAACGUCAAGACUAUUCAACGCUGUGAACCUUGUAAACUCUCAUAUAAAAGCUUAAAAGGAUUAAGAAGACAUCAGCGGGAGAUUCAUGGACGUUAUAAAUACUCUUGUAAAUUCUGUGCUUAUGUUGGAAGUAGAGAAAAAUUUAAAAAACAUUUAAGGAUAUCUCACUCAGAUAAAAAUCCAGAUGUUCUAGAAUGCGGGGUAUUAGUUGAAUCACAAGGGGAUUUCAAAUGUAAAAAGAAAACCAGGCGACCAUGUAAGAAAUGUGAAUUUAUCGGAGACUCAGCUGCAAACUUGAGAAUACACAUGCAAAGUUCUCAUUAUACUGAGGUCAAAUGUGAACAGUGUGAUUAUAUAGGAAAAUCUGAAUCACUAUUAAAGGCUCAUCUUAAAAACUGUCAUUCAGGAGUUAACUUUAUUUGUGACCAGUGUGAUUAUGUUGGUAAAUCAAAAUCACUUUUAAUGUCACACAUCAUGGGUAGACAUGAUUCGAAAACAUUGAUGUGUGAUAAAUGUGAGUAUGUCACAAAUCGUCCACAAUUACUGCAAAAACACAUAGACUUUAAACAUGAAGGAGUGAAUUUUCCCUGUGAUCAGUGUAACUAUGUUGGAGGAAGUUUAGCUCAUGUCAAAAUUCAUAAAACAACUCAACAUGAACCUCCUUCAUUCUUUUGCAAUCAGUGUGAUUACUCUGCUAAACUUGCCAAGUUUUUAAAAGCUCACAUUGAAAGUGCUCAUGAAAAGAUAAGAUAUCCCUGUAAUUUAUGUGAUCAUGCAUCAACCUCUGCAAGUAAUCUGCGACAGCACAAGAGACGUGUCCAUAAAAUGAAACCUGAAGAAACUUUUGAUUGAACGCUGACAUAAAUAAUCAUUUGUAAUUUAUCAAAUUUUCUUUCAAAUUGACUUUUUAUUUAAAACUGUCAUUUGUACGAAAAAAGGGACGAUUUGCCUAGAUUGAUCGAUAGUUUCAAGCGUUUAGAUCAUGGCUAAAAAUCGUCUUUUAGAUUACCUGCAUUUGGUGGCAUGCUGAUAAAGUCCUUAUGCGAAAACUCUUUAGUUUUACAAACCUAGAGUACCAUGGGUUUUUAGCAAACUAUUCAAGCCGGUUGAAGAAAUACCAGAUGAGAGUUAGAAAAAACUUGAGAAGUUAUGCUUAAAACGUUUUGCAGA